CACACAAAAUACUCCUGCUCACAUGCACACACACACACAGUCUGCUGCACAUGCAUGGAGUGGAACAGAUCCACAGAGCUGCACAGUAGUGAGGCAACGGUGUGUGAUUGAGAGAGAGCGGGGGGUGGAGAGACAGAAAGAGACACAGAGAAAGAGAGAGCAUUUUUCUCUCCCUCUCUCCCCACUUAAGGGCAGCAGCAGUGUGCAGGAGUUGCAUGAAGCGUGUGGUUCCAACUGAGGACUUUCUUAUCAGACCAUGGAAGCCAAGAAGUGGAGGUAGAAGAACAAAAAGAAGAAGAAACUCCCUGCUGACUGAACAGGAGACCAGAAUUUCAUCUGGGGGAUUACUGGACUCUUCAUACAUGUGCUCGUGUCAUGGUGAUAUCCUACAUGAUCGUCUCUUGUUGACAGGAGACAUUUCCCGAGGAUCAAAGUUUGUUUUCUGAGCUGAGGAGUGUGUGAAUGAAGUGUGCGGAAGCAGGAAACAUGUCAAGCGGACGUUUCAGUCACCUGUUGAGGGGAGUCUGGCUGCUGUGGCUGUGGCAAGCUGUGUUUGUGGCUGGAUCAGGGAGUAAACUAUGGGAGGUGCCCACAGCCUCCUUCACUUCCUCCUCCAACCUCAGUGAGAGCCUGCAGUGGGAGCAGGACUGUCAGUACCGCCACCCACAGGACAGAGUGAGAAUCACAGCAGACAUCCCUCCAAGACUGGAUGGCACCUGGGUGUCAACAAGGUGUGAAGUCCGUCCCGGCCCAGAGUUCCUCACCCGUUCUUACACCUUCCACCCCAGCCGUCACUUCCAGGCCCUGCAGCACUACUACUCAGACAGCAGCUGCGAGGACCCGGCCUACUCCCUGAUGAUCAGGGGGAAGCUUCGUCUGCGCCAGGCCUCCUGGAUCACCCGCGGGGGCACUGAAGCUGAACACCACCUCAGCAAGGUGGGCAUCGUGGUCCACAGCAUGGCAGCCAAGCAGAGGCUGGCCUCCAGUCUGCCUCAGACCUGCGUGACUCUGACCCUGAGUCGUGUGGUGCUGGGGAAGCCGUAUGAGCUGUACAACACACGGGCGGGGAGGGGAUGUCUGGCAGCACUGGGCUUCUCCAUGUUGGAGUUAGGACUUCUGCGGGUGGAGACGCAGCACCACAGCCGUGGAGGGAAGGUCCAGGAGCUGCUCUUAGGGGACAUUCACACUGACUGGGCACAGAGGACUCAGAACAGACCAACAGGGUACCAACAGCCGCUGCAGAACGCCAUGCAUCACAUCCACCCCUGCCCUGUGUGCGCCCUGGUGUACCGCUCCUCAGAGCAGCGCCCCCCGGUGUUGCCCCGCAGACCUGCAGCUCCUCUGUCUCCGGCCGGCCGCUGGGUCAGUCAGCGCUGCGAAACCCGUCCCAACGUCCUCUUCCUCACCCGAGACUUCACCUUCGAUCCUGACCAGCACGCAUGGGAGGGCAUCUACCGGCACUACUCGGACCCCGCCUGCUCUCAGCCCACUUUUACCCUGAGAGCCUCGGGCCACUACGCUCAGGGAAACCCCUCCGCCAAGGUCUCAGGAGCCACCGAAUUCGUCUUCAAGGUCACCCAGGUGAGAGUCACAGCUGCGGAGGAGCCCACAGCGAAGCUGUUGAAUGCGACAAGGCCUGGAAAGUGUGGUCGCUCCGGAGGCUGGGAGGUCAACGUGGAGCAGGACUUGACCCCCACAGAUGGGUGCACCCUGCUGGGCAUCAAGCUGCCACAUAAGGAGUACGAGCUCUUCAAGACUGAGCUGGAUCACAAGAAACACCCGCUGCUGUUCAUUGGAGAGAGGCCGACUGACGGGUCAAGCCCAGACCGACUGCACAGGAGGCCCACUUCCUUUCAGGCUCCCAUGGUGCUUUGCAGCGGGGGGGACAAACAGCCUUCCUAUCGCUACGGCUCAGGCUUUAACAGCAAGCAAGUCCAGUUAGCAGCCAGUGGGACAGAGAGACUGGCACAGCUGGUGUUACUGGUGCUGGGAUCUGUGCUGGGCAGCGGGUUCUUUGUUUAUUAGAGACACAUUCACAAAUCGCACCUGUUACACAGCUGAAGUCAUUGAUGGACAUUGUCUUCUGGCAGCUUUCUUUCACUCUUCCUCCACGUGAUGAUGACCAACAUGUGUGAUGGUCAAGAAAAAUCAUGAGACACUCAGGAGAGCUGAAUAAAUUUUUAUAUCUGGCUGUCAGAUGCUGCCUAUAGAGUCACUUUAAUGACUCCUAACUUCAGCUGUAAUUCUACCUAAACUAAUCUGUAUAUAAACCACCAGUAUAUACAAAUGCCGUCAUGUCAGUAUGUAAAAAUAUAUUCUUUUAUACCGUCUUCCUUUUGCAUUAUGAUCAAAUGUUCUCUCUUCACAGAUUAAUUAUUCCUUUUGCAUAUUUCUGUGUACAUGCAGUUUUCUUGUCAUGUCUUUUAUUACAAAGCAAAAUCACAGCAUUGAAAUGUGGAUCAGUUUUCAUUUCCACAUCAAAGUAAAAGCCAUGGACUUCCCAGCGGACUUCACACGAGAGCUCAUUUUCAUCCAAGAUGCAGUAUAACUAAUGCACUUUGUACAGAACGUUGUUUUCUCAACAUGCUGGAGACAAAAGAAGCUGGAAAGUGGAACAAUUGUAAUCAGCACUCUAAUAGCUGCCAUCCUCAUCCUCACUGGUCUGAUGCCACUGUGGUGUGCCAUGUUGCUUUAUCUCUGUCCUCCGUCAAAGCUCCUGUAUUAGUCUGCUUUUCUAUCAGCAGCCAGUCUAAACAAAUCUAAUGAAUAUUUAUUUUAACCAUUUAUACUUUUGAUAAGAGGAAGAUUUUUGAUCUAAUAUUUUAUAGUUAGUUUCGCCAUU